AUGACGAAUCUCCAGGAUGGCGUCCCGGUUCUUGGCGACUUACCUUUGCUCAAGGACACUUACUACAGCGUCGAGCUUUAUGCUGAGCAUUUUGUGCCCGAACGGAACAGAACCAUACUCUUUCCACAGGAAGAAGACGUCUAUUGGAGCGAAGCGACCGGCACUUGGGAGUGGGUGUAUGGCCAGCAGACUGAGUUUCUCCUUAUCACGCCUCCGGCAGGAGGCGACAAGGCAAAGACGCUGGGCGAGCUAUAA